CAUGCACUGAUGCUCGUCCACAUGCAUGCACCAGCAUCACUGCAGACUCCACGAGUGUCGCUAAAGCAGCACAACAACAGCAACAAAUUCCCACAAGUGACCGCCACGAUGGAUGGACAACACAAAGACCGCAGAAUGACUCACUUGUGGAUAUUGACGUUCUUGAUAUCGGUCUAAUACUUGCACUGGAUAACUUCUUUUUUGGGUUUUUUUUGGAGCUGGAUCUUCUACUUCCGGAUUAUAUUUAUUAUUUUAGCAAUUUUGGACUAAGCACUACACUUCCAGGAUACGCACAUUAAGUUCUAAAGGAUGGCCGUUUGGUUCACAUCUAUCCUUGUAAUAGUUGUACCAUGUUUUACUCAGGUUCUGGGAUCGGGUGUGUUCGAGAUCGAUCUGCAUCAUUUUGACAAUUCCAAAGCUUUGCUGGCGAACGGAAAGAGCUGCGGUAUGACAGGCUGCAGGACUUUUUUCACGGUUUGUUUGAAGAACUUCCAAACGGUGGUGACUCCCGGAGGUUGCCUCUUCGGCAAAGCCGGCACUCAAGUCCUGGGCGCCGAUUCGUUCAGCAUGAUGCCGGACACCAGGCUGCGUUUGCCGCUCAACUUCACGUGGCCGGGUGCUUUCUCUCUCAUUAUUGAAGCCUGGCAUUCAGAGACCACAGAGGAGCCUGGAGAUACCACCAACCCUGAAUUGUUGAUUGGCUCUUUUGCCAUCCAAAGACAGUUGGGAAUAGGGAAUGAGUGGUCCCAGGAUGUGCAGAGCAGGACGCAGACGGAGCUAAGGUACUCAUACCGCUUCAUCUGCAAUGACAAUUACUACGGGGACACUUGUUCCAAAAUAUGCGCUCCGAGAGACGACCUUUUUGGCCACUACACCUGCAAGCCUGACGGGCAAAUAGCGUGUCUGCCAGGAUGGAAGGGACAAUACUGCCAAGAACCAAUCUGUCUUGAAGGAUGCAAUGAAAGUAAUGGGAACUGCACAUUACCCGGAGAAUGCAAAUGCAGAGAAGGCUGGCAGGGCGUCUUUUGUGACGUGUGUAAACUCCACCCAUCGUGUAAACAUGGUACCUGCACAGAGCCGUGGCAGUGCUCCUGCAAAGAAGGCUGGGGGGGCAUAUUUUGUGACCAGGAUUUAAACUACUGCACUCAUCACAAGCCGUGCACCAACGGGGCCACGUGCAUGAACACGGGUCAGGGCAGCUACACCUGCGCCUGCUUGCCGGGCUUCACGGGGGUCAAGUGCGACUCCGAGGUCAAAGAUUGUGACAGACGGCCGUGUCGCAACGGAGGCAACUGCUUAGAAUCAGACAGUGGCUUCAGGUGUGAAUGCCCACGAGGUUUUGCUGGGGAACACUGCGAACAAAAGACGCUGACGUGCAUGGAUGCGCCCUGCUUGCUUGGCGGAAAGUGCAAAGAGACAGAAAAUGGUCAUAGUUACAUUUGCGAGUGUCCGGCAGGGUACACGGGACUCAACUGUGAGAAGAAAGUGGAUAAAUGCACGUCCCUGCGAUGCACCAACGGCGGACACUGCGUGACGCACCGCAACCUUCGUGUGUGUAGCUGCCGCGGCGGCUUCACCGGCCUACGCUGCGAGAUCAACAUCAACGAGUGCGCCAGUAACCCCUGCGCCAACGGCUCCACCUGCGUGGACCGCAUCAACGACUACACCUGCACCUGCCCGCCGGGCUACACCGGACGCCGCUGCGACAAAGCCGCCGACCGCUGCACCUCCUGGAUCUGCCGCAACGGCGGAACCUCCACGCACGUGCCUUCAUCCAACAGCGCCAACACAGCCUGGGAGUCCAACGAGAAGCUCAACUUGGGGGCCAUCAUCUUGGGCGUUGGCUUGAUGGCGGCGCUGGCGCUCUCCUGCGUAUUCAUCGCGGUCAUGCAUCGCGUGAGGAAGCAGCGAAGGAAACAGCAGGCCUCCGAGAAUAUGAACAACCUCUCCAAGGCGGACUUCCAGAAGGAGAACCUCAUAUCCACACUGGAGCUGAAGAACACCAACAAGAUGAUGGAUUUGGAGGUGGAUUCUCACUUCUCCAGCGAGAAGUCCAACCACAAACACACGAACCACUUCCACGUGGACUAUAAAGCAUCCACGAGGUACAAAGAUGAACAAUCCCUCUUGGACAAAGAUGGAAACUGUGAAAAGAUGAUAGAAGAUAAAAAGCAUCUGAGUAGAAUGUACAGUGAAAGGCCAGAAUGCAGGAUAUCAACCAUAUGUUCUUCCAGAGAGUCAAUGUACCAGCCUGUCUUUGUGAUGGCAGAGGAAAAACAUGAAUGCAUCAUUGCAACUGAGGUUUAAUAAUCGGAAGACGAGACCACCAUUUGUUGUUGUGGACUGUUUACAAGCGUGGAGAGACUGGGAUUUAUUUAAAUGCAAAGUUGCUGCUCUUGAAAACUUGAUAACUGGAUGGAGUCCGUGCGCUCCUCAAAUGCAAUAUAGAACUUAAAGCAAACGAAAAUCUUUGGACGAAUGUAAACGACAACAUCGGGACAUCCGGAGUCACAUUUGUUGUGACUUUUUCCGGGUUUUAUCCAAGGAGACUCACGGCCCCCCGGAGAUGUUAACAAGGACAAAACGCUUAUUGCGGCAAUGAACACAUAAACAACAACAAAAACUGCUGAAAACGGUUCAUUUUUUUUUUUUAGUAGUCACAGAAUGUCCAGAUCACGGAGCCUUAGUUUAUAUUUAAACAAAACAUUAUGCCCCCAACACUUUAUCUUAUCAUAAUUCCUUUGCACAGAACAAAAAAAAAAGAAUCAAAACAAUAAUGCGCUAUAAUCAUAUGCAGAAAAACUCCGAAUAAGGCCUUGUUAACUUUUAAAUAUUAUGCAAAAAUCCUACUUAAGUAAGUAAGUGACUAUUUUACCAAGGACGCCUUUAAUGGAAAUGUCAUUUUAGUAUUUCAUUAAUUAUUUAAGAAUAUGACGCACUGAUCUGUUUUAUACAUAAAUAUAUAUAUAUGAUUAUUUUGUACAUAGUGUAUAUUUAUGUUGAAAUUAGAAGUAUGUUUGGUAAAUUGAUGCACCAAAAGUGUGAAUUUAUUUUUAAAGUGUUUUUUUUGUGUGGUGUUUAUUAUUAUUAUUAUUAUUGUUGCUGUUAUUAUAUUAUAUAGCUAUAUAAGGAAAGAAACCCUGAAUGUGGUACACUGUUUAUUUGUUGGUCAAAUAGAGACUAGAAGAGGGGUUUUUAAAGUCGGAAAAAAAAUCAAGGGAGGUGCGGUAGCUUGAGAAAAAUAAAGAAGAACAUAUUUUUAAUAUUAUUGAAUAUUCAAUAUUAUUUUAAGUAGGUAUAAAAGAGGUUGUGAGGUGUCACUCUGCUCCGCUUUGAAAGCUCCUAAUCUAGAGUCUAUUGAAGUAGCAUUUGUAUGGGUUCCAUUUGUGUGUUUUCAUCAUCGUACUACUAUCUACGUACGUAUGUGUGAUGUGAAAUCAGUGUGCAAGCAAUCAUGGUUCAGUGGACUCCACUACAAUUGGCAGCAAUGUAAAAAUGUCCUUAAUCAAUUAUGAAUAUAAAUAUAUAUAUGCAUUUUUUUAAGCUGUAUGCAGAAAUAAAUAAUCAAUGUGGUCUUUCAAAGG